AUGCCGUCCAUUACCAGCGAAAAGUUUCUUGCUGUGGCUCUGGUCAUCAACAGGUCGCGCGACGGACCGGCCUUUGUUUUCCACUACCCGCCCGAUGUACAGCCCGUCACAAAUCAUCCGAAACAAACCACUGACGCCACCGCGACCGGCGCGGAGGAGGAUAUCCUGCUUGAGCGGCUGUCUCAGCCCCUGGGUCGAGAUGCUGCCGUCGCCAACGGAGCCAGCAAGCAUCGUCACCAUGAUGAUCACCUCAUGACCGAGGCUGGCUCCCAGGUGGUUCCGUGGGAGAGUGUGGCUGGUUUCCCCACACGAGAUCUGGCCAGCAUCCUCACACCAGCUCGUUCAUAUCACAAGAAGCUCUUCCAGCUGUCGCUCGAUCCCAUGCACUGCAUCUCCUACCCGAUCCAUGUUCCAGUGGACGGCAAGUGGAAGAGGAACAAAAAGUCCAGCAGGUCAAAACCGGCCAGACAAGCCGAGGAGCAACCAGCGCCGCCAUCCGAGACGGAGCCUCCCCCGUCGUCAGUCGUGACGUCCCCGGAACCGCCAAAGGACAAGGAUGGGAAAAGGGACGAAGCAGACGAAGAAAAGCGCAGUCCAAUGACAAUGUUCAACCUGGUGUUCAUCCUGAACCCGAACAAGAGCGAGGAUAAAGAGCUCGUAGACUCUCUGUACCACAACGUCGUCAAGAAAGUCAACAAGGCCUACAAGUACAGCCAGCAGCACUCCGAGUUUGUCUGGAAGGAAUCCAAGCGCAUAUUGCUCGCCAAGGACAGAGCGCGUGAAGACGAAACAAACAUGAGUGUCUUGUGGAAGGAGUUGUUGCAGACCUACUCUCUAGCGGCGUCCGUCCACGAUAUCUACGAAGCCGUCUCCCGGAACAAGAUUGCCACGCUUCACCUCGACACCCCGGCAGGCGUAUUGACCCCAUCAGUGCAGAUUCCAGCUCCCUUCUUCGUCUCCGACAUACCGCCACAGCACAACCACAACCAGCGUGGUCUCUGGCUCACCACGGCCAACUCGUUCCUAAGUCACGAGCAGCUUGAUGACCCCGAGUUUCUGGACAAGAAUUUUGCUCUGCUACUUCUCGACGAUGAGAAGAAAAUCAUAGCCGAGCUGCGCGCCGACAGGGACCCUACAACGGUAUCAAUGAUUGAGUUUGCCAGGCUAGCCAAGCCAACCGUGUCGUUCUACCAGGUCGGGCAAAGCGACGUCCUGACAGCCAGCCAAGUCCGUAAAUACGCGCAACACUUCAUCUUUUGGCGACGAGCCAUGGCCAUUCCACCCCUGCACGCUAGAGACGUCUACAUCGUUUCGCCAAACUGCAACCUCUCUCGCCUGCCGCAAGCCACGGCCGAAUGGCAACGAGCGUUCCCCUUGGCCCCUCCCUUGCCCAACUUUCUCUCGGAGCUAUCCUACGCCCCGCGACCGUUCAAGACGUUUUGCCCCAGCAAACCCCAUCGGCCGCUGUACUUGCGCAUGCUAGCGUGGCUUCUGCGAGGCGGGUGGGUGACGCAGCUCUGCACGUUUGCCUACGUCGUCGUGUGGCCCGAGAUCCUGUACGAGGUCGAGUACGAGAUGGAGGCCGAGGAACUUGCCGCGGCGGCAGACGAAGCACGCCGCCAACAUGACGGCGUCGUGUCCCAAAACGGCAGCAACACCUCUCCCGCUCGCCAGACUGCUCAGGACGGAGCAGCAAAGGGACGCGACGGAUCUCCCAAUUCCGCAGUCCCAGCCCCAGCCCCAGCCCCAGCCCCAGCCCCGUCCCCAGCGCAAACGGGGGAUCCGGCAUCAGGGCUGACCCCCAACGUCAAGGGCGAGCCUAGCCCCAGAUCGCCCGCUCCACCUUCCGCAACCACGGCCACGACGGCCACGGCCACGGCCACGGCCACAACCACGGCCACGACCACAACCACAUCUACGGUCGAGCACGUCGCCGAGAUGGCUCGCCUCGAACGCAUAGCCCUAAAGGCACACCGCGAGGCAGCCGACAAGGCCACCGCCCACGCCCGCAAACCCGCCCCCGUAGCCACCCUCCACCCCGCCGUCAACGACGCCGCCCAUCUCGCCGGCCUGACCCCCCACAUCAUCCUCGAUGCGAAAAAAGCCACGGGCAAGGAGUCGCGAUACCUGUCCGCGAUAGCGCAUCGCUUCCAGGACGGCAAGGUUCGAAACGCGUGGCAGCUCAUGUCCAAGUACUUCAACGGCCAGUGCGCGCUCGAGAGGAUCGCCUUGCAGGAAAAACUGAAGCGCAAGGAGGCUUGGACCCUGCUGACGUCCAUGAGUGAGUUCUUGCUGUGUACAAGGCACUGGUGA